AGCCGUCGCGUGAAAGCGUCUUGACUUUCUCUCUCUUUAGACUUCUACUUCUAAAGAAGCUCCAAGUCCCCCCGAUGCAUGGCUUCCUCGUCUUCUUCCUGCGGCCUCGGCCCCUCUCUCAGGUGCCUCUCCUCCGAUCCGCCGCGUCUCCGCCCCUCGCGCCGCUCUCGCCUCCCUCUUGACCCCAAGCCCUCGCCCUCUUCUUCCCUCCGCAGCCCGCUCAAGAUCUCCUGCACCGUCACUCGGCGGCGGAUGAAUUUCACUGUGAACUCGCACAUGGCGACGGAGCCCAAGCCCGCUUUUUCUGAGGACCAAAUGCUCGUAUUUGUUCCUCCACAUCCCUUAAUCAAGCACUGGGUUUCAGUUCUGAGGAAUGAACAGACCCCCUGUCCUAUUUUCAAAAAUGCAAUGGCUGAGCUGGGGAGGCUCCUCAUGUAUGAAGCUUCAAGAGACUGGUUGCCUACAAUCGCUGGGGAGAUUCAAUCGCCAAUGGGUAUUGCCUCCGUUGAAUUCAUUGAUCCGAGAGAACCUGUGGUGGUUAUUCCAAUCUUAAGGGCUGGUCUUGCUCUUGUUGAAAAUGCAUCAUCAAUCUUGCCAGCUACAAAAACAUAUCAUCUAGGAAUCAGCAGAGAUGAGGAAACACUUCAGCCAACUGUAUAUUUGAACAAGUUGCCUGAUAAAUUACCUGAUGGUGCUCGAGUAUUUGUGAUAGAUCCGAUGCUGGCAACAGGGGGCACAAUAGUGGCAGCGCUUAAUCUCUUGAAGGAACGUGGGAUCAACAGCAAGCAAAUCAAAGUGAUCUCAGCCGUUGCUGCUCCUCCAGCUCUCCAAAAGCUCAGUGAAAACUUCCCCGGGCUUCAUGUCUACACUGGAAUCAUUGAUCCAACAGUAAAUGACAAGGGGUUCAUAAUUCCUGGACUUGGAGAUGCAGGCGAUCGGAGCUUUGGUACUUAGAUUCACAUCUACUCAUUGGUUUAGGUUCCAUUGAGUUAUUCCUACGAAGUUUUGACAUGGUGUGCAAUUAGAUCAUUGAUUGAGAAAUUUUGCUUGUUGGAUCAAUCAUUUACUUGUACAAGAGGUGCCUGAACUAUGAGGCAGAUUAUUGAUUUCGGCAACAAAACAGUUGAAGUGUAUAUACCGUAUGAAUCAAAUAUGUAUCAAUUUGAUGCGGGAAAGGUUAUCAUUUUGAA